AUGCCGCCGAAACAGAACAAGAACAAGUACUCGGUGCUUCUACCGACGUACAAUGAGCGCCGCAACCUUCCUAUAAUCACCUGGCUGCUCAACAAGACAUUCACAGAAAAUGAUCUCGACUGGGAACUCAUCAUCGUCGACGACGGCUCCCCCGACGGUACCCAAGAAGUCGCCGCACAGCUCCAAAAAGUCUACUCCCCGCAUAUCCAAGUUCGCGCCCGCGCUGGCAAGCUCGGCCUCGGCACUGCCUACGUCCAUGGCCUGCAGUUCGCGACCGGAAACUUCGUCAUCAUCAUGGACGCCGACUUCAGCCACCAUCCUAAAUUCAUCGCCGACAUGAUCCGCGUUCAGAAGGAGAAGAAUUACGACAUCGUGACCGGUACGCGAUAUGCGGGUAACGGAGGUGUCUACGGCUGGGAUCUUAAGCGGAAGUUUGUCUCGAGGGGCGCGAAUCUGUUUGCGGAUACGGUGCUGCGGCCUGGUGUGAGUGACUUGACGGGCAGUUUUAGGCUGUAUAAGAAGGAGAUCCUGGAGAAGGUCAUUAGGAAGACGGAGAGCAAGGGUUAUACUUUCCAGAUGGAGAUGAUGGUGCGUGCGAAAGCUAUGGGCUGCACCGUCGCGGAGGUGCCCAUCAGCUUCGUCGAUCGGUUGUACGGCGAGUCGAAGCUUGGUGGUGACGAGAUUGUGGAGUAUGCGAAGGGCGUGCUGAAUUUGUGGUUGAAGGUUUAA